CUGGACAUCUGUGUUGGUGAAUCUUUGAACAAUGGAGACAGCAAAGAAGAAAGCUGUAGUUUGGAACCGGUGUAUUGCGGCCGGCUGCAGCAACACAAACACAGACGGUGUUACAUUGUUUGCAUUCCCGAAAGAUGACAGUCAAGCUUUACGAUGGAACAGAGAGGUCAAGCGAACACGGUUGGAUUGGACCACACACACAAAGUACAGUGUAUUAUGCAGCAAUCAUUUCGAAAGAUCGUGUUUCGAAGAGGGUCCCUUGCUUAGGGCAGAGAUGGGCAUCGCCACCCCCCGUCGACUGGUGCUGAAGAAAGGGGCGGUGCCAACUAUUUUCAACAGACCAUGGCCAGACAUCAGUGGCAGUGUCACUGUCAGUGCUCCCAGUGCCAGUGCUUCGACAAGUUCAGACCACCCCACCCCCUCCUCAAGUGGACAGACCGUGCACAUGAGGUCUGCAUUUGCCAAAAGGGAAAGGAAGAGGACAAUAGAUCAGAUCAUGGCCAGUACGACUACGGCAUCAGUGGCGGACGCGGUGGAUGAACCAAUGGCAAUGGCACUGGAUUUGCCUGAUGAGGAGGGCGAUCAAGAUCAGGGAAAUACAAUAGAACAAGGAUGCCAGACGAACUGGGUAGCGAUUGGGACAGCACCAACGGCAAUGACUAGUAGCAAGAGCACCCGAACAGGGAAAAUACAUCAUAGAUCAAAGGAACACCAGGUGACCCCAGAGAUCCUCGAGAGGGUUAGAGCUCGGCCAGCCAGGGUUUGUGAAGUCCCAUCGUCAAGUGUGGCAGCUCCAUCUGACAGCCCCGAGAUGCAGCCCAACAUAGCAACUCCAGGUGCGUCUGGAGUGCAAGCCAAGCUAUGACCACCUCCUGCAUUGUUUGAUGAAGGACCAGCGUCAAGUCCCGCUGUUAGUGGUUCUUCCGAUGUCAGCUAUGUGCCGAGUGGGUCAUCGACAUCGGAUCCGUGUCAAGCCAGGGUGGUCUAUGAUGCACGUCUCCACCCCUUCCUGCUCCAUUGUUCUGGCCACUGCCUCUAGCUCAUGACAGCAGGCACACUCAGCCACUGUCUCCAUGUUCCCACAGUUGUGACAUGUACACCUGGAAAUAGAAAUAUUCAUAAUAUUUGUAAAUCAAAUCAUAUUAUUGACACCUGCAAUCUGCAUACAUGUGCAAUAAUUAAUAUUGUCAUUGUCUUGUUGUGGAUCUUAUUAAUCCAUAUGCAUAUUUUUAGUAUUGCCGGUAUAUGGAGCUGUGGCCCAUAGAAAUAAUGGGUAAUUAAUUAGGUUUGACAUUGGGUCAAUGAUAGAUACUUAGUCUAUAGAUAGGCCUGGGCUUGGGGUGUAAGUUGUAACACUAACAGUAACAGUGCAAGACUAGGCCACAAGCUAAAACUAGUCUACAAAUAAAUAACAUUUUACCAUUCUGUAUUCUGAAGGCGAUCUAUGUUGUGUGCUACUCCAGCAUCAAUAUCAGCAGCGUCCUCCUGACCGUCACCGUCAGCGUCGGGUUCAAAGCGGUAUGGCUCUAUAAUUUGUUGCGGUUGGGCCUGGCCGAGUGGUCCUGCCACGCCCACGGCUGCCACGGCGCCUCUCACAGCAUCUUCCCUAUCUGAAUCGCUCCGACUGCCCUCUAGUCCUUCACUCUCACUUUCCUCAUCCACAAAUCUUUCAUCCUCGCUCAAAUUAAUGG